AUGGUCGUGCUUGAUGCGGCUCCUCGGCCCACUCCUCUUUCUCCAGUUCCAGAGAGCAGCACCGGCAGUCAGAGCAUUCAUGGCUUAGGGGCAGCGCGCUCCUACCGGCAGCUGCCACCAGUUUUGGAAGGAGAUGUUACUGUUCCUUCCCACCGGACACCAGAAUCCUCUCCGUCGGCUGCCAGUCUAAGCGCGAACGACACAUACAGACUCGCGGUGGAAGCCUGGCCUUCUGAUAGCGAGGCAAGCGCGACGGAGUCCACAGUCACGACAGCCAGCGUUGCGGAGUCUGCACAGGCUGCAGCAGUGUCCAAGAACGGUGCACGACGGAUGACGGAGCCCAGCGUUCAGCCGGCGAAAAAGAGUCCUCGAAGCUCUGUGCUCGGCAAGCCACAGCCACAAAGCAAGAAGCUGAGCCGCGCAUCACCGGGAGCAGCGAGCUCCGGUGAGUUCAAGAACCUUCGUGUGGAUGGCUUGGAGGAGCCGCACUCAUCUGUCAAGCAAAGGGCAACGAGGCGUGCGGCUUCGGAACCUCCGCGAUCUCUUGGCGGAGAAGUUCGCAAAUCAGGAUCGCCACCUCCGCGGCAGUCCCAGGUUUCACUGGCCACGCCUCCACGGACAAAGCGGGCCUCCAUUGGUGAACGUCCAGGCAUCUUUGUUAACAGUAACGAUGCCUCCACGUCUGCUGGAUCGAAAGGCAAGCUGCAAAAGAGCCCGCAACCCUCCACAGCCGAAGCCCAAGCUAAAGAGGGAGAGUUGGCACGCCGAAUUGCGACGAUGACCUGUGGACCGGAGAUUGAGGCUAGCCGCGAGUCCAGCCUGCGCAAUGCAACACAGAAGCCAGCGAACGAUGGCUUUCGUCGUUCGAACGAGCUCUUGGAUUCGAAGCUCAUCACGGCCGAGGCCGGUGAGUUCGAGCGGAUUCAUUUUCCCGAGGGCUUUAUCACCGAGUUGGUUUGUGCUCGUUAUGGCACGCUGGACACGGAUUUCAAGGACUGGGCUGAUGUCACCGAUCAGACUCGCGAAGAUCUUCUGCAAGGCAGGGCGGUGCCGGUGACCAAUGAGAGGAUGGGCCUCGACCCCAAAAUCGGCUGCAGGAAAGUCUUUCGCAUCCAGUACAAGCAUUCGACGAACUUGGUGGAAGUUGUGGUGCAAGAAGGUCAAGGUCUGGAGCUUCCACCCGGUAGCGCUGAGGGACUUGUAUGUGCAUUCUACGGCAUUUCUGACAAGGUAGUUGAUGUGAUCGCCCCGCUGAGACAGCUGAUGUUGAGCGGCCAGCAAGUCACUGUCUCGAACGAGGAGUUUGGCGUUGACCCGGCUCCCGGACAAGUGAAGCAGCUGCGAGUGCAGUAUCAGUCGACUCCCAGAUCAAGCUUCCGGCUUUACACAGGCGGCGAGCUGGCGUCGUUUGAGGUGCUGGCAGCGCCUCUCUUUGCUUCGCUUCUACAGGUUCAUUCUGUGAGCUACGCUGACUUUCUUCAGUCCUUGGUCUCUGGGAACCUCUUGGGUGGCAAGACCGAAGCUUCUGGCAAGUCCGGGGAGAUCUUCUGGCGGACCCGCGAUCACAGAUAUGUUUUGAAAACGGUCUCUGAGCAAGAGGUUGGCCAGUUGAUCAAGAUGCUACCCGAGUACAAGGAGCACUUGGAAGGCAAUCCUGACUCAGUCCUUACCAGAUAUUAUGGGGCGUACCGGUUCCACUUGAACGGGGAGAAUACCUUCUUUGUCGUGAUGAGCAAUGUCCUCGCGGGCUUGGGCGAAAUUCAGGCUCUCUUCGACCUCAAAGGAACCACCGAAGAUCGAUGGGUUGACCCCAAAACUGGCGGCUGCCUCAAGGAUAACAACUUCGCUCCAAUCACGCUUUUUCUGGACAGGCAAGAUGCGAAGAUGAUCAACGAUUGCUUGGCUGCUGACACUGCUUUCCUUCAGGAGCAAGGAAUCAUGGACUACUCACUGCUUGUGGCCCUCUGCCCACCUGACGACCCUGUGCCUGUGGCAGAGACGGCUGGGCAUCACCGAGUGUUCUCAGCGAAGGAAAGCCGGGGUCUCUGGGGAGAGACUCGAGAUUGUACGGUCUGUCUUGGCCUUGUUGAUAUGCUGGUAACCUAUGGCUGGAAAAAGAAGGUUGCCCACCUCUUGAAGGCUCUGACUAUUGGUUGGGUGGAUGAGAUCGACACCAUGCCGCCACACAUCUAUGCCGAGCGCUUUUGCAACUACUUCGCCAAGAAAAUUCGACCGCAAGCAUCACUAUUGCAAGUGACUUCAGUCCCGAGUAAUCUCUUCAAGACGCCCUGCGGCGCCUUGGGACGAUCUGGUGGCACGGCUAGCUUCUUUGCCACUGAGCUUUUGCAGCAGGACGGAGCACAAGGAGAGGAGAGCAAGCAUUACUGGCUCGGUAAAGACUUGGCCCGAGCUCGAGAUGAAGUGGUGUUCUACGAAGUUGCCAAGACUUUACAGGGCAAAGACGGCUGGCAGAUCCUCAACUUUAUGACACCUUACAGAGGCGUGUGUCGUGCUCCUUGCGCAGUAAAAGACGGCAAGGACGCCGAAGAUGUCGACCUGGAGCUGAGAACCAAGAAAAGCCCUGCCAAGCCAUUGGAACGCACGAUGUUGCUUCGGAAUUGCAGAGACGGCAUGGUCAGUGCACGGAUGCUUGACAUCAAGAUGGGCAACGUCACUGCGGUCGGUGGAUGGCAGGGCAAGGGCAACAUGAAGGCGUUUGUCCAGAACAUUACCGUGGACUCGAACACGAACUCUGCUGGAGAAGGCUUCCGUCUCGAAGGGUUCGACAAUCCUCCGGCACUUCUUCGAAGCAUCGAGCACCUGCAGCUGAGUCACAUUCCUCGGCACGCACAGAAGCGACUGCGCCGUUUUAAUCUGCAGCGCAUGCAGGCCGUGGGUCUGCUGAUCGUCACAAUCCAGGCGCCGGAGUACACGCGAGACUUUCCAGACCAGGCACCGGGACCUCCGAACGAGCGUUGCCUUCGGGCCAUCGAAGUCCAGGAGCAGGUCUUGCUCCAGUGCAUUCAGCAGGUCGCUGGCCUCGUGGUGGCAUGUCGCAAGGUGCUUAGUGCCUUGUCUCGUGAGCUUGACACGGGCACUCUGUCGGACGCACAUUGGGAAGUGCCCGUGCCACAGCAAUGGAUAGGCUCAUCGGUCAUGUUUGUUUUCGAUUGUGCAACAUUCCCGCAACGUGCUUCGCAAAGCGUUCCAACUCGGGUGCACAUCUUUGACUGGGGCCGCUCGGAGCUCAACACCGAGGAAGGCCAUGCCAGGCUGUCGCAGUCCGAGCAAGCUGACCGGCAGAAAUUCUGGCGUCUCUAUCGCAUCGCCCUUGCCAAGCUCCUUUACCAGUGCUGCAGCCUCUAUGUGGCAAGGUUCUGGAAGCCAGUGGCCAGUAUCGCGUUCAGAGUUUGGGACAAGGACGCAUUCACAGAUGACGACUUCAUCGGUGCAGCAGAGCUUUCCUCAGUUCUGGCAGCAGACGAGGCAACUGGCACAAAGGACUUGCAGCUUCAGGACAUGGGCGGACACCGGGUAAAGGCUGGAUUCCUUUUCAAGGGAGAGACGUCCGUGAAAGUGUCCUUCAAGCCACUCAACCUACCGAGUACGUCGCGGCUGUGUGGAGGUGACGUUGCCAGCCCUUCUGAUCCAUUCGUGGAGAUUUCUGCACUCGGUGCACCGGCAUCUUUCGUUCGCAAGAACUUGGGCCACGGCAAGCUGGAGAAGUUUCGGAGUGCACGAGGCGCAGCUCGCCAUUUGGCCACAGCACUUGGGGACGACGCCAAGGAUGCCUUCCGAAGAGCUCUUCUCCAAGGAACCCAUCAUCCGCGGUGCGCAAAGCUGGGGUUUGUUGGCCCUGCACGCGCUGGGAAGACUUCGACUUUGCAAGCCUUGGCGGGCCUGCCUCUGAGGCGCGAUCAGGAGAGCACGCACGGCCUGGCUUGUUGGGCACUCUCGCAGGACCUGAUCUCUGCAGCUCCAGGGCAACGCUGGCAGCUGCAGGAUGCGCAGACAGCGGCGAGCAGCUCACGCUGGGAUCGUGGUGUCGCGAAGCACUUUGGCACUGGAGACAUCUUGUAUGUGGCAGACCUCGUUCGCCCACCUGGCAAUGCCGUUCCGCCCAAUGCGGCGAAGAUGGGAAAGCAGGAAUCCUUGGAUGAGAAAGCCGUCAUGAAGCGAAUGCCGGUGGAUUUGAUUGCAAGGCGGCUCGGAGAGACCGCAGCCAACUUGAACACCUCUCACGAGGACAAAACGGUCGUGUUGGAGGCUUACGAUUUUGGCGGACAGGAAGUAUACUACGCCAUGCACCAUCUGUUUCUGAGUGAUUAUGGCAUAUACUUGGCUUGUAUAGAUCUUUCUGCCUUCAAUGCGAUGGGCGUCGAAGAAGCGAAGGAGUCAGAGGCUUCCGACACGUGGCAAGCUCUGGAGUGGUGGCUGGCUUCUAUUGCAGUCCAUGCCCCGAACUCGCCUGUGGCCAUCGUUGGCACGCACGACGACUGUCUUUCGCAAGACUCCCGGCGGACAGUGUAUGCAGAAGUCAAUGAGCGCAUAUCAGCUUUCUGCACGAAGCUGCCCGAGCUCAAUGAGCAACUACAGAUCAAUGAGCAGAGCCAGCUCUGCUUCUUCCCAGUUGACAACGCCACCACCGACAGUGGAAGAUCCAUUUGCGAUCUUCGCGAAGCCAUCGAGAGCAUGGUCGCCAAACUGCUUCAAGGACCGCUGAGCACGGCGGUGCCCCUUCGCUGGAGCCACUUCUGGGCGGUGCUGCAGCGGACCGGAGGCAGCGGCAACCUGGGCCCGCUGACACGCGUGGAAGACUUGUGGCAGCGUUGCAAGCGAUACGGCUUCGAGUCGCGGGCGGAACUGCAAAACUUCUUGCGCCAUUUUCACGGACUUGGCGCUUUGCUUCACUUCCCGGAGUCGGUCUUUGAAGAGCUGAGAGAUUUAAUUUGCCUGAAGCCCGGAUGGGUUGGCGAUGCGGCAGCCGCUGUGCUCACAGCGAAGGACAAGGUCUUCCAAGGCUGUGUCAACCAAGUGGCAGAGCUGAAGGAGAAAGGGCUGCUCCACGCCCAGCUCCUGGCGACAGUGUGGCGUGCAAAGCAUUUCGCCAAAUAUCAAGGCGAAUUGGUCGGGCUUCUUCAGGCUCUGGAUUUGCUUCUAUCUUGGGGGCACGACAAGCAGAGCCCACUGCAGCGGCAGAAUGUCUUUCUGGUGCCCUCGCAGCUUCCUCUGCGGCCGCUGCGCGAGCGCGAAGGGGAUGACCAGGACGCCUGCGUGCUGUACUUGGACUUCCAUGGCCUCCUCCGUCGCCUUCUGCCGACACUGAUCCCGCGAUUGCUUUGCAGUUUGAGCAAAGUCGAGUCUGGAGUGCAGAUCUUGUCAAUGUACGCGAACUUCGCGACUUUCGCAGUCUCCACACAGGGCCAAGCUCAGGGCGACUCUCUGCGAUACUCCGGGCACUGGCGUCCCAGGGAGCUCCUGUUGGUGUCUGUCCAGCCUUGGGGUGAUCUGUUGCGGUGCUCCUUACGCCCACGGCGCUCUGAGGCACAAGCACGGCAUUCGUGGCGGCACGUAGAGCGAUUGCUUCACAACUUCCGAGAGGCAAUCACAGCGUGGAUGCCAAGGAUAAGCUUUCGCGCCGGCAUCCGAUGCCCCUCCUGCACGGCAGGACACACACAUGUCCUUGACCUGCACAGUGUGCUUCGAGAUGAAGACCUUGCGGUUUGCCCCAAAUCCGGUGACAUUAUUGAGGACUUACCUUCUUGGCUCCUUGACUGGCGACAACAUCUUCUGCAACGCCAGCAGCCAGGCUCAGGGUCUCCGCGCGGUGUCGGCAAGCCAGAAGAAAGCGACAAGAGGAUUGACAGAGACCCGAUCAAGCCCGGAGAAAUGGGCCCAGUGCCGCCGAAGGCGGCAGGGCUCCAGCUCGACUACCUGUAUGCGUCUCCUCUGGAUGUGGCGCCGCUGGACAUCCGAAGUGAAAUUGAAGCUCUGGCUACAAUGCCUGGUGUGGAGUGCCUCUCAGUUCGCACUGCCACCACCGAAACUUUGGCAGAAGUUUGGAGGACGGAGCGUUCCUCACCGGCCCCUCGGGUCCUCGUCCUGUCAGCCCACUGUGCGGUGGAGAAGUCUCAGCCUUCAUUGCUACUCGAGGAUGCAGUUGGUCAUGCGCAAGUGGUGGGCAUCCGGGACAUGGAUGAGUUGUUGGCGCUGAAUGAUCUGAAUGGCCCAGACCUGGCAGCAGGAGAUAGGCCAAGUGGCUUGGUUGCCGAGGAGUGUCGGGUGUUUUUCCUUGCUUGCGAUGGCGGCAGUCAGGCUUGA